AUUUUCAAGGUCACUUAGGAGUUGCCCUCAAGGUCGUCCGUAAGUUACAGUCUCAUCACUUAUUGAAAUCAACACUUGUCGGUAUGAGACAGACAUUCUUUUGGGAAUAUAACUGUUAUAUUUGGUUUUUCGGCAUUGAACGUCUUUUACUUUUCAGUCAUGAGUAGUAUCUAUGUUACCGAACCAGCAACUCAUGGUAAAGUUAUUCUAAAGACCACAGUUGGGGAAAUAGAAAUUGAGUUAUGGUCCAAAGAAACCCCUAAAGCAUGCAGAAAUUUUGUCCAGCUGUGUAUGGAGGGCUACUAUAAUGACACAUCAUUUCAUCGGCUUGUUCGUGGUUUCAUCGUUCAAGGUGGAGAUCCGACAGGUACUGGAGAAGGUGGCGAAAGUAUAUACGGACAACCCUUUAAGACGGAAAUUCAUUCAAGACUAUCCUUCAAUCGUCGUGGUCUUGUUGGGAUGGCAUGCCUUGAAGAAAACAUGAACGGGAGUCAGUUUUUCUUCACUCUAGGGCCGGCUACAGAACUUACAGGAAAACACACAUUAUUUGGUCGUGUGGCUGGUGAAACUCUAUUCAAUAUGCUGCGGCUCGGUGAAGGAGAUGUAAGCCGAAAUGAACGACCGUUGAGGCUUCAUCGGAUUGUUAGCACAUGUGUUAUACUCAACCCAUAUGACGAUAUUGAACCGAGGCAUCGGCCAAAGCAGAUAGUUAAAUCAGGUGUCGAAGAGGAAGUUAAGGUCACGGCGAAAGCUACAAAAAAUUUUUCUCUUCUGUCUUUCGGAGAAGAAGCAGAGGAAGAGGAAGAAGUUGUAAACACAGUAGUUGAGAAAUUUCGACAAAAGAGUAAAAGUGCUCAUGAUCUCCUUUCUGAUCCUCGUCUUAGCUCAAUCCCGGUGAAGAUAAGCGAUGAAGAUGCUGAGGCAGUUAAUCGUGCAAAAUCAGAAUUAGAAAAAGAAAUUCAAGAACGACAACGGCGACGUGAUGCAGCACACCUUCAAGAAGAUGAAGCUAAAGCCAAACGAAUUGAAAUGUUGCGACAAGAAGCUGAGGAAUUACGUCGUCAAAUCGCAUUGUCAAAGCGCGCUGAAAAAAACAAACAGUCGAGAGAGAAGGAAGAACUGGAACGUAAGGUCCGUGAAGCUCAAGAGCAAAAAGAACUAGAAGAAGCUGCCUUAGCCCGCUGGGAGGCUAAACAAAAAGGUGAACUUGAUGGUGAUUCAAAGACUACUCAACCUUUGGUAGAUGAUUUAGACACUUUUUCAGCUGAUUUUGCUAGUUACAAAGCAAAAUCAAAAAAAGCUAUAAAGGGUUCUGAACGUGAAGCUGUAACUUUAUCAUUAUUGGAGCGAUUUGGUAAUCGUCUUCGUAGUGUUAUUGGUUCACAAGAAUCAAACGAAGAACUUUGCGAAUUUUCACCUAUGGAUGGUUGGAUGAAAAAUCGUUUAGUAUCAGAAGUUCCAACACCAGCUAGAAAAGUUCUUGAUCCUACUAUGCCACAUCCUGAUCGUUAUGAUUUGUAUGAUCCUAGAAAUCCGCUUAAUGUUCGUAAGAGAGGUGGGGAUGUGGAAAGUAUGAUAGAGAAAAAACCUCGACGUGUUUAAGAUGUUUCUGACAAUUUUGUAUUCAUUUUUCUGUACAUAAGUUGUUGUGAAUGUAUUUUAUACAGUGGAAUACAGCACGUUUCUUCUAAUGAAUUAUAAGUUUUUGUAAUUCUUGGUUCACUUUCUUUACAAAACAAUUAAUUUUGUAAAUAACUGGUUUUAUUAGCACACGUUGUUCAACCCAAAA